AAGAUGAGAGGAUGAAGAGAUCUGUACCGUAUAUAAUUUUAGGGUUUUCAUAUCCCUACAAAACCCUUUUCAUUUGCCCCUUUUCUCUGCUUACAAGCAGUAACAAACACAUCCUCAACGAUCUCACUUGAUUCAGCCGCAGACCACCUCGAGUAGAAAUGGGUGAGGAGGCAACUAAAGUCAUUGUCCCCGAGUCAGUUUUGAAGAAACAGACAAGGGAGGAAGAAUGGGAGUUGGCUAAGAAAGAGCUUGCCAAUGCCGAGAAGAAGAAAAGAUCUGAAAACAGGAAGCUGAUCUUCAAGAGAGCUGCCCAAUAUGCCAAGGAAUAUUCUGAUCAGGAGAAAGAGUUGAUCCAGUUGAGGAGGGAGGCCAAGUUAAAGGGUGGUUUCUAUGUUGAACCAGAGGCAAAGCUUCUUUUCAUCAUUCGUAUCAGAGGUAUCAAUGCUAUGGACCCAAAAUCCAGGAGUAUUCUUCAGCUCCUUAGACUGAGACAGAUUUUCAAUGGUGUUUUCUUGAAGGUGAACAAGGCUACAUUGAACAUGUUGCACAGAGUGGAGCCUUAUGUUACUUAUGGGUACCCUAAUUUAAAAAGUGUUAGGGAGCUGAUCUACAAGAGAGGCUUUGGGAAGGUAAACAAACAAAGAAUUGCAUUGACCGACAACUCUAUUAUUGAGAAGACUCUUGGAAAGCACGGUAUUAUCUGCAUGGAGGAUCUGAUCCACGAGAUCAUAACAGUAGGACCUCACUUCAAGGAGGCCAACAAUUUCUUGUGGCCGUUUCAGCUCAAGGCUCCAUUGGGUGGAAUGACCAAGAAGAGAAAUCACUUUGUUGAAGGCGGUGAUGCAGGAAACCGUGAGAACUUCAUCAAUGAGCUCAUUAGGAGAAUGAACUAGGGUCUAGAUCCAAUCCUUUUUUGGCUUCUGUUUCUGUGGAUUGAUUUUUAAUGUUUGUGGUAAGGAAGUUUUGGAUAGACGGUUUUCAAGUAGAUUUUAAACAUUGCCAGUUCCAGAUCAUGAUGUGUUCAGACAUUGCAAUUUUGCAUCACGCCUUAAAGCGGUUGAAGUCAAAUUGUUUAGUCCGAUCAUGCUAAAACAGAUUUCCGAUUUUUUUAAGUUAACAAGAUAUUUGCUUCAA